GAACACAUAAGGCAAAAGCAGCCGCAUUAACUUCCAUAUAUUAUUAAAUAUUAUCAACCCACGUCUAUUAUCUUGUACUUUUUUGGAACAAUAUAGCAGUUUUUGCUAAUACAAUACACAACCCAUUAACUUUAAAGAGGAAAUACAUAUAAAUAAAUAAUAACAUUGUGCGUUCUGCCUUUCUAACUACAUUAAACUGUAAUUGAAAAAUGCAACUCUAGAAAAAAAAAAUUAAAUCAUUUUGCAACACUACAGUUUUGACAUAUUUGAGCGGCCUGACAGUAUACCAUACGUUGUAGUUGUCUGUCAAAAUGUUCGUGGUACUGUGCAAAAGUAAUAUAAAUAAUGAUGAAAAUGUAAAUAUUGAAUAAAAUAUUAUUUGCAAAUUAUAUGAAAUUGAAAUAUUUAAGUGCAUAAUAUAACGUUAAAAGUGAAAUUUCAUAAAUAUUGCUUUUGUACUUCGUAUUAAUUUAAAAAGUUAUUAACAUCUGCCGAAAUAAUAGCGGUCGUAAUGUGUGUUCUAAUAUCUGUGAGUUAACGUAAAAGUGCGUGUGUGUGUUUUAUGUUUAUUUUUGGAUGUAAAUGUACAUCAAGCAAGCCAAAUACCUACAUAUAUCGAUACAAUUUAUUCAAUGAAAUAAUCUUUGAAAGUGUUGUUACCAUACCUCGGAACCAUUAUUAGGAAAAGCUUACAUUGCAUCAAUAAAUUACAAUAAUAAACAUAUUUUAAUUAAACAGCUUCGAGGUGGAUAAUUUCUACUUAAGAAUGGAUCCUUCUCGCGGAGAUUCGCGUUAUAAUUUAAAUUACUCGAUGAGUAGUAUUGGACUAUCAUUAGCCGAUCAAGCUGAUAUGUACGGCAAUCCAGCUGCUUUAGGUGGUGGUAGACCACCUAGUGCUGGUAUCUUACAAGGCAUGAGUGGCGUCGGAGGUGGUCCUGGUGGAGGACUUUUGCCGCGUACGGCGGGAAAUCUUAUGCCAAAUACACAAUGCCAGUCUUUGGGUAAUAAUAAUGCAAGUGGCCACAGCAGCAACCAACAGAGAGGUUUAAAAAGAGCCGGCUCGGAUUGUUAUGACGAUUCUCAUCACCGUGUUGGUGCCGGUAGUAUUACUUCCCUUCAAGGUCUUGACACAUGUGGGAGUUCAUCUAAUGUCCAACAUAGUAGCCAGCAGCAGCCACAAUCAAGUAGUGGUAGUGUGCAAGAUAUUGUGGACGAUAGCUAUAACAAUUUACAGAGCAAAAAGUCACCUCCGGCCAAUGGUAAAAAAACAAAAGGUCGAGUCAAAAUUAAAAUGGAAUAUAUUGAUAACAAAUUGCGACGUUACACAACAUUUUCAAAGCGUAAAACUGGAAUUAUGAAAAAGGCAUAUGAACUUUCAACACUUACUGGAACCCAAGUUAUGUUGUUAGUUGCUUCAGAAACAGGUCACGUGUAUACGUUUGCAACACGUAAAUUACAACCAAUGAUAACUUCAGAAGCUGGCAAACAGUUAAUACAGACAUGCUUGAACUCUCCAGACCCACCAAGUGUAGGAGGUGGCGACCAAAGAAUGUCAGCUACAGGAUUUGAAGAAACAGAACUCAGCUACAACAUUGCGGAUGAGGACUCAAAAGUAAGACAAUUAAUUUAUGGUCAUCAUGGUCACGCUCAUCUCGGACAUCCGCAAACUGCAGCUUCACAUUAUGCUCUUGACCAAAGUAUAAUGCAGUCGCCAUAUAGCGGUGGACAGCCCUCCCCUCUUUCUCAUUCCCAAGCAUACACGCAUGGUCAUGCUCAUCAUUCGCAUGUGCCACAUGUCCCACACUCCACACAUUCUCACAUGUCACAUACACACCCACAACGGUAAAAAUCCCUCCAAUAAACGUAUUAAAUUACACAAGUGAAUGAAUGAUGAAUUCAUUUCUAAAAUAUGAAAUAUAUUCUUCUACCGGUAUAAGUAAUUUAAUUUCAAAUCAAAAUUAGCAACUCAAAGAUAUGAGUGAGAUUUAAUAUUUCGUAUAAACCUUUACAAUACUGUAUACAAUAUGAUGUGGUUUUCACUAUUUUAUUAGUCAUUUAUAACACAACAUCAAUUAUAAUAUUCCAAGAUCUCGUUCUCUUAUAAAUAUUGCAUAUACUUAUUAUUCUUAUUUUUUUUUACAAGUAUUUACUAAAAAUUGAAUGAGUCUUCAUUCUCAUGCUCCUUUACACUUGCAAAUAGGUAUGUGUAUUGAACUAGUCAUUUCUGAUGCUAUUUUAUACCCAAUUCUGAAUUAAGCUAAUCUGAUUCUGCAACUCACUACAUACUAUGUACUAUAUUAAAAAGAAUUCAAAAAACAAAUACUUACAUAUAAUAUUAUAUAUCAAAUAUGUUUACAAAUGUGUACAUAAUGUUAAUCCUUACAAGGAAGGCUAUAAAUAUAAUGUCAUUAAAUAUUUUAAAUCGCAUACACAACAUAAACACACACGUAUCUUAUCUUAUAUAUAUUUAUAUUUAUAUAUAUAUUUAUAUUAUAUAUUUAGUAUACCCCAAACAAAUCACUGAUUGUAACGAAGUGCCAUUAACGCAGACUCAAUUAAUUCUGAAAUAAAAAGUUUUAAUCUUUUAGAAUUAAAUCUGCGAUUUUUUCUACAGCUUUUAUAAUAUUUUUUAAUUCAACAAAAUACAAACUAUAUAGUGCCAUGAUAAAUAUAUACUUACAUAUACAUUGAUAUUUGAAAAUAAUAAUAUUGUGCAAUAAUAAAAAUUAUUAUUAAACGUUUUUGAUUUGUACGAGCAAGUAAAUUUCGUACAAUAUUAGUCUAAUUUUAAUAAAAACGGAUCGAGAGCGAGCGUGAUCAGUUUUUUUUAUUUAGUAAUAAAUAUAUACAUAUAACAUAUUUUUGUGCAUGCUUGUGUUCUUUAAAAAUAUAUAUUUCUAUUAGAUUUUUAUUUUAAUUACAUAUCGUACCAUAUAGAAUUCUGACGAUAAACUUAAUUGUUUACUGUGAAUUAUUCAAAUAUGUAUAUAUGGAACAAAUAACUUUUUUUAUUAUUUGUUCUAUAUUUUAUCUACAUUAAGCAUGCGUAGUUAGUAAAUUUUUUUUUUUAAAUUAUAUAACAAAUUGUAAUUACAUUAAAUUUCUGUCAAACAGAAUAUUUUGAUCUUAAAUAAAUAUUAAAAAAUAGUUUUAAGAAA